AUGGAUAAAUAUUUUGAUAAUCAUGAAUUUCCUGGAGCCUUAACAAGAAUGGGAGCUUCUCAACUAAUAGUGUCUGGAAAAAGAAAUGUCCCUAGGUAUUCUUUUACUACAUGGCUUGCCCUGAAAAACAAGCUGAAUACUAGAGAUAAAUUGCAUAAAUGGGGGACUAUCCCAGAUGAUAAGUGCUGCUUCUGUAACCAGGAGAGUGAAACCACUAGGCACCUUUUCUUCUCUUGCCCGUUCUCCUAUGAGGUCUGGAAGAAGGUGUUAGCUUAUUUGGGGUUCAACAGGAAUCCAGACAAUUGGAACAGGGAAGUGAGCUUUUUUACUAGAAGAGGAAGAGGUAAAUCCAGAAUUGCAAAAGUGAGGAAAAAUGGAUUCUGUGCAGCUGUGUACCAAAUCUGGUUUGCCAGAAACGACCUGAUCUUUAAUAAGAGAAGGCAUUCUUGUGAUACAAUCUUUAACAAGAUUAGAAGCAGUAUAGAAAUGAGAAACUGA